CAGAUUUUCAUUUUCAAAUGCAUCUGGUACAUACAAUAUUAGCAUUGAUCGUAACACUGAUAUCGGCCUUCAUUCCGCAAAAGGAAUUUGACUUUUUGAAAACGAUUUCAAAGAACGUAGUAGACGGAUCUGCAUGGAUCAUAAAUACACAUUCGCAGUAUUCACAACAUGACGUAUUUCCUCCCAAAACAUCCCAUCAAGAAUUCGACUUCGUUAUAGUGGGGGCCAGUCCUAGUGGAACUGCAUUAGCAAAUCGAUUGUCAGAGGUUGAGGGAUGGAAUGUUCUUGUGCUUGAAGCUGGAGGUGUCGCCAGUUUCAUGGCUGACAUUCCCAUAAUAUCCGUCCUACUUUAUCCGUCAGUUUAUAAUUGGGGUACUCUCGCAGAACGACAAACAGACUUAUUUUGUACAGAUGGCAGAGCUGUUUACUGGUAUAUAUGAAAGGCUAUUAAUGUGUGUGCUAUUUUACACCACUUUCCGAGUCUAGCUGUGGUGUAGGUACUAUGUGAACCUGUUUGACGUGAAAUUCGUAUCCAGAUAUUAAAGGAAAAGUCAAACUUCUUGGUAGGGUUAGUUUCGAUAAAU